UUUCCCUGCUUCCUUAUCCGUUAACCAUUCCUAUUUGGCAGCUCUCUCUCUCUCUCUCUUUCUCCUGUCCACUGCGGCUUUCAGCUUCCAAGAUGGCCACCGUCUCUGCAACCUCGCUCAAUUUCAGGCCUUUAACCACUUCUCCGCCUCUCGGUCGGAUGGACCAGCAUUUUGCACAGAUAAGCAGACAGGCGGCAUCUGUCAGGAUGAUUGGCGCUGCCUGCACUAAGAACAUUACCUUCCCAUCUCUCAGAACCUCUCGAUUUCAAGUCUCUUGCAUGGCCAAGCCAGAUACAGUGCAGAAAGUCUGUGACAUUGUAAGGAAGCAAUUGGCCUUGCCUGCUGAAACUGAGCUUACUCCAGAUUCUACUUUUGCUUCUCUCGGGGCUGAUUCUCUUGACACGGUGGAAAUCGUCAUGGGUUUGGAAGAGGAAUUUGGAAUAAAUGUGGAGGAUGAAAAUUCUGAAAACAUUACAACUAUCGAGGACGCAGCCGAUUUGAUAGAAAAGCUCGUCCAACUCAACUCAAGCCAUAGGAUUUAACCGUCUUUCCGAACAAACAGAGCAACCAGCUAGCGAGUAUAUUAAGGUCUUAAAGAGUGUUCUUCUUGAUACUCAUUAGCGAUCGCAAUGUGAUUUUAUGCUGACUUUGUCCCCCUCGUUAAUUUAUUUGCAUUGUUGGUUCAUUUGAAAUUUUGAUGUUUUUUCUAGUUCCUAGUGUUUGAAAUGUUGGGCUUGUUACAAUGCUCCUAGGAUUUCAUUUCACCAUUCAGUCAUAUUCUCCUAUGUUGUAAUGUUUUCUGAUGAUAAUUAGUCCUUUCUCUCCAGCCCAUUAAAAA